AUGCACCUCUACCUGCACAUCUUAGCUGUGCUACUUGUCGCCGGGUGCACGUUGGGAGCGAAGGACACCGGCACAGGCAAGUUGACGAUAUUCCAACACGACGGGGUCGGCCCACAGGGCAGACUGGACCGACAACUUGACAGGGACCGAAUGAUCGAAAACCGUCAGAUGAGAAGAGACGAACGACGUGAGGACCGGCAAAUUAUGGACGCUGAACGGAGAGAAGAACGGCUCGGAAUGGGUAUGGGUAUGGGAAUGGGAAUGGGAAUGCCCUAUUACUACUAA